CGGCUGACGUGGAGGUUUCGCAGCUGCGGCUGCCGCGGCGCUGCUGCCCGCGUCCGAGGUUCGCGGACUGCGGGCCCCGAUCAAGCACUAUGGAUGAUUUGAACCUGGAAGAUCUCACUAUGGCGGAUUAUGCCUUGUUAGAAGAUUGCUCUUAUGUGGAGGACUUGGAAUCUGCUCCUGGAUCAGUAACCCAUAAUUCGGUUCGUUUGACUGAAGUUUACAGUGAUGGGGUGGGUAUGCACUGUAAAGAUUAUACCCGAAGUGAGAAAAACUUGGAAUUUGACAUCUGCCGUAUAUGGUGUAGUAAACCAGUUUCUGUCCUGAAAGAGUACUGUGAUGCCAUUAAAGUAUUUAUCUUCUGGCCACUUCUGUUUCAUCAUCAGAAUGGUUCUCUGUUAACACAACUGCAUCCUUGUAUGGAGGCCAAUAAUUCUCGUGCUUGUGAGUUAAGUUUGGCGAAAUUACAACAUAUUGAGUUGAUGGAAGAUAUUGUGGAUUUGGCAAAGAAAGUUGUGAAUGAUUCAUUCUUUAUUGGAAGCUUACUGAGAAUUGGUUACAAAAUAGAAAAUAAAAUUCUGGCAGUUGAAGAGGCUGUGAAUUGGGUAAAAUUUGUAGGCGAUAUAACACUUCUGUCUAAAUUACAAUCACUUGAAAAUUGUUGGCCUAUGUUAAGUAUUUUCUUUACUGAAUGUAAGUAUAAGUGCUUUAAAUUGUUACUUGACUCAGUUUUUAAAGACAUUAUUUGGGAAAGGGAAUGUGUAAAUAAUGUGAUUUCUAUUUAUUUUACGAUUAAAAAAAAGUUUUCCUUUUUUUAUGUAUGUCUGAAUAAGAGAACUUUAAUUUUGUAGUUUUAUUCCACAUUUCCUGUUCUAAUGCUUUUUAUGACAUUAUACCUUUAAAAAAAAUACCUACCAAAUUGAUGUUAUAUGCUAUUAUAUAUAACACCCAAGAAAGAGACCACAUCUGGGUCUUAUAUAUUCUCAUUCAUAAGAGAAAUGAGUAACAGAUGAUAAGAUUAUAAUAUUUUUAUUUUCCUGAUGAAUGUUAUUUUUAUGUCUGAUGAAACUGCAGUAUAUAUAUAUGUAUUUUACUUUGUGAAAUGUUUUUCUUUGAAGCAUUUGAAUGUUAGCAGUGUUUUUAUAAUAUACCAGUAGGAAUCUUGAGUCAGGAAAUGUUUGGCUCUUUAGUAGAUGAUGACCAAUAAUCUGUUAUCUCCACUGAAAUUUUAUACUGUUGACCCUAGAGUUAGAGAGAGAUUAAGCUUAAAUAUGAAGACAGCUUUUUCUGAUAGAUUUACUAAACACCUGGGAUGUAUUACACCGAUAGAGGUUGUUUUCUUUGUUGUUCUGGAGGCCUUUAAUUAUUUACUGGGUUUUACAGUGGAAAGAGAGAGUAUCAUGCAUUGGGCACCUAUAACGGGUUUAUUUCUGACGCUGUAUAUUCUCUCUGUUCUUUGUUGUAAUAGCCCUGCAAGGUAGCUGUUAUUGUCCCUAUUUUAGAAAUGAGUGAACUAAGGCUCUGAGAGGUUAAGUGAUAUUUCUGUAGUCUAGUAAGUAGCAGAGCCUAGAUGGGAAGUCAGGUCUCAGAUUCCAAAGUGCAGGCUUUCCUCCUAUAAUCUUUCUGUCCCUUAAUAUUACUUUAUUUAGGGAUCUUCUGAAAUCCUUUCUUGAAUCUUAGAUUUUAGGCACUCCUUUUGUCUUGAACACAAAUGUAUUUGGCUAAAUAAAGGCUUAGCUAUACUUUUAUUGCAAUUAAGUUUUUUUUUUUUUAACCAUUUUGUGAAAUCUUUUUUACAGUA